GGCGAGUUCGACCAGUUUGUUACCGUUUCUGGCCUGGGCGGCAACGACUCCAGUACAGUGCAGGUUGUACAGACGGGCGUCUUGAACGUCGCCGGGCCUGGCAAUGGCACGAUUAUCCUCGUGCCAAGUCAAGGCAUCUCAAUCGUGUCUGACAUAGAUGACGUCAUACGCAUUACCAAGGUGUACGUCCCGAACGAAGGCCUCAAGAACUCGUUCGUACAGCCGUACGUGAACGUACCGGGUAUUCCUGAACUGUACGCGAACUGGUCGAAGAGCCUUCCGGGCGUGGCGUUCCACUACGACACAACGACGCCCGUGGAGCUCACGCGGACAUAUGUGGAUUACCUAUUCAGCAACUACCCCCUCAGUUCUCUGGAGAUGCGCCCCAUCAACCUAACGGACCCCAGCCAGGUCUUGGAUGCGAGGCAGAACAGCUUGCUGAAAUUGUUCCAGACGUUCCCUCAACGGAAGUUUGUCCUCAUCGGUGACACAUCCUCCUCGACGCUGCUCUCCGCGUAUCCCCAGAUCGCUCAGCAGUUCCCGAACAACAUUGCCUGCAUCUUCAUCCGCAACACGUCUUCUACCGACUCCGAUGACAAGAUUCCGUACGACACAAAGCCGUUCCAGAACGUCAAGAACGGCACCUACUUCUUCUACCGUACUGCAGAGGACCUGGCGAAACUUGAUAUUGUGAACGGCCAGUGCGUCAAUAGCACCAUUCCCCAGAAUAUCACUUUCGGCGAGCAGGGCGGUGUCCUCGAUAGCGGGAGCAAUGGUGCUGCAUCGCUCGGCCACAUUCAGUACGCAGCGGCCGGUGUCGGCUUAGUUGUCUCUCUUUUCCUUGGCUUUAUUUGA